GCCACUAGGGGCGCUGUGCUGGCUGCCUGGCAAAGGAGGCCGAGUGGAAUGGCUUCCCGGGAAGAAGCCUAGAAGGGGAUCCUUCCAUGUGGCUCCUCCGCAUGACCGCGGGGGCUGCAGCCACCUCCGCCGCCUCUUCCUCCUGUUUCUCGCACAGGGCGAGCCCGCUUCUCCGGACCGCAGGCGCCGUAGCCUGGCUGGACGUCUCUUUCCGUGGCUUCGGCGCCGAAGGAGGCCUUUCCCCGCCCCAGCGCUCCGGCUGCCGGGCUCUGCACUGUUCCGGCGCCCUUGGCGGUUCCAGGAACCUUCUCAGGAAGUUCCUCUCUAAGAAAAAGAAGAAGUUUUGGUAUGAAAGUCCUUCUCUGAGCUCUCACCUGACACCAAAGCCAUCCAGUUUGGCAAACACAUUAAAGCUUGCUCCACCAAAGAAAGGAGACAGCACACGGAAAAAGGUGCUGAAUGUCUUGUUAUUUAAAGCUGUGAGAGAUGUGCUGAGUACUUGUGAUGCCGGUCAGGAAGUGUAUGACCUCUGUGUGGAACUGUCCAAGGCAUCCCUCACAUCAGAUUUUUCAAUAUGUCGAAUAUAUUGGAGGACUACUGGUAACAUAGAGCAGGAUGACCAUAUUGAGAAAGUUCUGCAGAAGAGUGCUCCACGUAUAAGGCACAUUCUGAUCACAUAUCAAGUCAUGGGAAAUGUUCCUUCAAUAGUCUUUGUUAGAGAUAAGGAAGAUGCUGUUGUAAAAGAGAUUGAACGGUUGUUGGCAAUUGCUGAUAUGGGGCCAGAAGAAGGAGGUGUUGAAUUGGUUCUUAAUGAUGUCAGUAAACAAAGCUCCACUACGUGUGACGUGUACUUGGACUCCUCACCUUCUUCUGUCCAUGCUAAUCUGUUUGGAAUUGAUCAUGAAGCGUUAAAUAAGCAAAUACUUGAGUAUAAAAGAAUGAAAAAGGACAAGGAAAUAGAAGGGGUUGGACUGUCAGAACAGCAGGAGCAGCAGCUGGCUGAGAUACGAAAGCAAAAGAAAAUGAGAUGGAAAAAAACCAAGAAACCAUUUGACGAUGAUAUUACUCCUCAGAAAUAUCUAAUGGACAAAUACAAUGAAGCUUAUUGGGAUCAUGAAGUUGCAUCCUCACAGGAAAAUCAAUUGGAACAUGAAUCAGAUGAAAAUGAUAAUGAAGUGGAGAUAGAUAGCAGAACCACCAAGGUUAAGUAAGGAUGAACAUUGACUUCUUUUUCUUGUUUGCAUUGCAAUAGUUUGCAAUGAUGUCCAAAUAAAACAAACAAUGACCAAUGCAAAAUACGAUUUACCUACAAACUAGGAGCAGAUAACUUGUGGUUCUCCAGACGUUAUGGGACUGCAAUUCUCAUUAUCCCUUACAAGUAAUGCUGGUGGUUUCAGUCCACCAAUAUUUGGAAGGCUGUAGUUUCCCAACCCUGCUCUAAAUCCACGUCAAAGCAUGAUUUGAAGAUAGUUCCUGGUUAUGUCAAAUAAAAGUUUGCUUUGGGA